AUGAACCAAGUUCUUUUCACAUUAUGUGUAAGCGCACUGGUAUCCAGCAUAUAUGGGUACUCCACAUAUAAAGCUCAGCCAGAAUUAGCCAGAGGUGUAGGGAACGGGAACUAUAACUAUAGCGCCGUUAUUCACGCCUCCCUACUCUUCUAUGAGGCCCAGAGAUCUGGUAAAUUACCGGCAAAUAAGAGGAUUCCCUGGAGGGGGGACUCUAUGCUGGACGACGGGAAGACCGUGGGAAAAGACCUGACGGGCGGUUACUUCGAUGCCGGAGAUUUAGUGAAGUUUGGUUUCCCGAUGGCGGCCACGAUGACAAUCCUGUCCUGGGGUCUGGUAGACUACGAGGAUGCCUACCAAAAGGCCGGG